GAGAAAAAUGCCAAAAUUAAUAGUCACAAUUUUCACAUUUAUAAUAUUGACAUCCUACUUUGUAAAUGUGAGCUCUUCCGAGUCUCACGGCACCAAAUCACCACCAACAACAUGGGCAAACACUUCACCCUAUGGUAGUCACGAGCGUAAAACCGUCUUACAAUUCUACUUCCACGACGUAAUGACCGGGGAAUCCCCGACCGUCGCGUUGAUUGCCCAACCGAUAGGAGACAAUAACAACUCAGCUGCCUUGGGCUUCGGCAGCCUGUUUAUGGCGGAUGAUCCACUUACCGUUAGCCCUGACCCGAACUCGAACCUUGUUGGGCCGGCACAAGGUUUGUAUGGGGCAGCCUCCCAAGAAGGUGUGAACUUGAUCAUGGGGUUGAAUUAUGGAUUUGUUGAUGGGGUUUAUAAUGGGAGUUCUGUGGUUAUCUUUGGCCGGAAUUCGAUCAUGAAUCCGGUGAGGGAGUUUCCGGUUGUCGGAGGAACUGGGGUUUUUCGUAUGGCUCGUGGAUAUGCCGUGGCUGAAACUUACUUCUUUAAUAUUACUUCUCGGAAUGCUAUUGUUGGAUACAAUGUUACCAUUUUUCACCUUUAAUUUGGAAAUAUUAAUUUCAUCCCUAUCCAACUUGUACGUGCUUGUAUUUUUGUGUUUAAUUACAUAUUCUCGUUGUUUACCAAUUGCUUGUUGGUUCAGUGAUGAUUGAGGCUGAGCUUGUUAGGACGGACCGUGUGUUUGAUUCCCCGCAACAAUAAUUGGAAGAGGACUGGAAUCUAUCCACCCAAACUCACCCUGAAUACGGAUUAGCCAUAAGAGUGGAUCGAGUGGUAUUCCCGAUGUUUCGAUUUAAUGCUUACACUUUUAUAUUUUCAACGCUUGUCAGUAAUGUAAAUGUUUGAAUAUAAGCCUCUAUUAUACAAAAUAUUUGUAAAAAUUAUAAAAAGUUAAUAUCCGAAAGUAUAUAUAUGUAUAAUUUGUA